AAGAGUUAUAUACAACUCGAAGUUGAAAAUAACUAUCUCCAACAACAGAAUGACCAUUUAAAUAAGGAAUUGAAUUUCUCAAGAUACACUAUCAAUGCUUUGAAAGGAAUUACGACACAAAAAGAAGUCCAAAUAAACGAAGCCAGGCAGGAACUGGAAAAAGCUUUGGACCAUAUUCAGUUGUUGAAUUUCACGUUGAAAAAGCAACAACAA